AUGCUGGCAAACCGUCAAAGGGCGGUGGCUAACGAGACCUUCCAGUGCAACGAGGAGGUGCCGUGUGCGAGCUGCCGGCGCCGUGGCGAACGGUGCGAGCGGCCGGAGAAGGCGAAGCCGGUGCUCGAAAAGAGACGGCAGCAAACCGUCCCCAAAAGCAUGGCGGCCAUGGCGCCGUCCACUGCGUCGGCACGGGCAUCGGACGCGGUCGUCAAUCUGCUGCAUCUCAAGCUGUUCCACCACUUCCAGGCACACACGGCCGCGACACUUGUCUUUGACGCAUCUGCCUGGACCGCCGCCCUGCAGCUCAGCGUUCGCUUCGAGUUUCUCGCAAACGCCGUUCUCUGUGUGUCGGCGCGGCAUCUGGCGUCGCUCUCCGGUCCAACUGCUGCCCCCGAUGCGGCCGCCUACGCCGCAGCCGCUGCCAGCCACCUCUGCCGCGCCCUUGCCGGGCUUCGCCAGGAGCUGCAGACAAAGGACUUUUUCACCGCAACCCAUCUCGACGCCUUCAUUGCGACGUCGACCUUGCUCCAGUUCGAACUGUGGUCGAGCACGGACGUCGCGCCGUCGAACCACGGCCGCCGAGCGGGUUUGGACAUGGAACGGGACCGGCUGUUCGCCUUCAGCGCCAGCCUCAAGCAAGUCUUUCUGCAGAACGUGCCCGAAGCGCUGCGUCACCAGCCCGACUCUGUGUUCAUGCCGUACAUCCAGCGCAAUCCGGCUACGGCCUUGAACGAGCAUACCCGUAUCAGUGACGACACGGCAGACGCGUACCGUGCCUUCUUCGCGCGGCGUUUGCCAGAAAAGCGCCUUGGAUCGAUGAAGGAGCGCCUCGAGGAGACACUGCCUCGGCUCGUGCGACGGAAAAACGCAUCUGCGGCGUCCCCAUGGACACCAAGAAACGACCCCGGCACCACCAACACCGCAGUCUCGGCCGAUGACGGUGGCUACGCACACGUGCUUGACGGUCUGUGUCUUCUUAUGUCGUUUCUUCCAGAGAACCCGUCCUGCCAACCAGAUGCUACAACCCCUGAACCACCAUCUGCCCCUCUACAGGCCGACCUUGCACGAUGUGUCUUCUCCUUCCCCAUCCUGUGCCGCGGCACAUUCGUGUCUCUGCUGCGCAAGAACGAUGCGGAUGCGCUCUUUGUGCUCUACCAUUUCUACCGCACCGCGCGCCUGAUCCUCCCAGAGCCAACAUGCUGGUGGGCCCACGGACGUGCUGUCAUUAUGGAACAGGCGCUGCACGACUGGUUGGAGGCCACGUGA